AUGGACCGUCAUGUUGUGCUAGAUUGGUACAAUAACCUAGACUCUCGAGUCGUUGACCUCGUCGGUGACUUUGUUGGUGACGAGCUUUUCAUAAUCGAAGGAGAUUCGCUUCUACUCCAAUGCUUUUCCAACGAGAAACUUGAUUUCGACCCGGGCUUCCAGGUCUUGCAUGCGACUUACCUUGCCGAGAAGUUAUUACAAAAGCUUCAACAGCGCAAGUGUUUCUUCGAGAUUGUCUUUUUCGCCGAAAAUGCCUCAUUAUGCAUUCCAAAAGGAGUCCAUAAAGACCUCCACGCGAGGUAUCUCCUUGCCCGAGAGGCAAUCAUACAGCAUCUUGUCUCUGUUCGCGUGCAACCAUCGCGAUUCUUCCAGGCUCUGAGGUUUGAUAGCUUCCAGUCCGAUGAGUUCAAAGCUCAUCUGAUAAGUUCUGGGGCCUAUUUGUUCAUGUGCCAUGACGGCGCUUCUUCCGAGCAGAACAAGGAUGAUACUGCUAGUGAUAUCGACAGCAGCGAUUCCGAAAGCGAUUCCGACAGCAGCGACUUCGAAGAUGGUGACGAGCAAGGUUCUUUUGUCGAUAAGCGAGGCGAGAUCUCAAGAUUUAAGCUCCGCGCGAUGAUCUACUGGUUUGUUGUCCAUGGAUACAACCUUGCGCUCAUGAAUAGUCUCGAGUUCCGUGACACAAAGGUCAUGGCAAUGGUGAUUGAAAGCUCCAUCAAAACGAAUCCCUUAUCUACUGGCCCUGAGACAGACGAUCCCAAUCAAUUGUGGAAUUCCCUCUCCCAAUUACAGAUUGAAGACAGCCAAGACCAAGUGGAUGAUGCGCUGGAAUACGACUUCGUCGACAACGAAUCGUCAAACCAGGCUCAAACAGACAACUGUCUUGAACAGGCACUUCUUGAGAAACCGGAGCUGUCCCAACGUCAAUGUCUUGCGGUUGCUACGCUCAGCUCCAUGCUUUUGGGCGGCGUGGCGGACAACCUCGAAAACAAGAUUGGAGCACAGUCUAUGCUUUUGCACAUUGUACUUUUGCAAAACACCCAACUAUCGGAUCGAUCAAUCCAAACAACUGCACCCAAAAACUUGAAGUUUUUCAACAAAUUUGUGAAAACCGCGACGGCUUUGCUCAGCUCAAAGCUUUGGGAGAACGCAAUGAGGGAUCAUAACCUACCUUGCGAUCUGUCUGACUUCGUGGAUGGAACAUUGUUUUUCGAAGUCCAGCGGAUGGUCGAGAAACUGGGCAUUCAAACAGUAAUCUCAUCGGUCACACAAUCCCCGUUCAACGCUCUUGCGUGUUUGGUGGACCGCAUUUGUGGCACAACACUGCAAUGCGAAGCGAUUGGGGGAGCGGGAGCUACCUCUGAAGGUACCACUCAUGGAAGUAUCUCCAAGCCUCAUCAUGGCUUUGAAAAGGUGCUUCCAUUUAGCAAUGCAGUCUUCGAUAAACUUCUGAAGCCUGUUCAUCUUGCAGUUGAUGAAUCUGCCGAUGCGAAGAGUGAUUCCCAAGUUUUCAAGGAGUUUAAAGAGGAUAGCCACUGGCAUAGCUCUAGGCCCCUUGAUCAAAAGAAAGUCAUCCUAACCCCCCAAGAGGUUGAGCGAAGCCACAAACGGAACCAGCGUUUUAUGGCCGAGAUGAGAGAUUAUGCUGCAAGUCUCUCUUCAUCACAGCCGGAGCCGAUUGUUGUUGAAUCUUCCAGUAGUUCACGCCAGAAGUCUCACCAAACCCCUUCGGCAAGCAGAGACGUUGGAACCCACCCGACGACCUCGAAAUCAGACAAGAAAUCUUCCAAAUCUGGUAAACCAUCCACCAAAGAGAUGGCCGCAGCUUUCGUUCAUCAAAAAGCAAUGGAAGUCACCCAAAAACAGAGACAAAAGUGGAAAAACGUGUAUAAUGACGAAUUCGCUCUCAUCGAUGAUCUUGUGACUCGUUUCACAAAGCUCAAUGGAUACUUAACUAGUCUGCCUAAAGACAGUCGACAGGUUCUGGAGCCUGAAAUUAUGACUUGCAUGAUCGAUACAUUGCUCCGGCUUCUCUUUGUCGAACGCAUAAAUGUGCAGAGUAAAAAGCACAUGUUGAUCGUGACACGCAUUUGGGAGAUCGUAACUUGUCUUGUGAAAAUCAAGCAAGGCAUCUCAUCCGAUAUUGUCGCAUAUGUCUCAACAGUCUGCGAAAUACUUGGUUUGCCAGCUGCUCAGCUUCAUGCCGAUAGUGAACAGAAAUUAUCUUUCCCGUCGUUCAAGAUCCCUAAAGCAGCACCCAGCAUGAGUAUCGAGAUGAGCCCAGUUGAUUUCCAGCUUCUACACGGUGGGCCUUUCAUGGAGCGCAGCAUAGACUCAUUGCCUGACUCCCGGACGCCUGAUUUUGCGCCCGAUCGCUGGCAGCGUGAAGUGUUGGACCAGAUCGAUGCAAAGAAGAGCGCAUUCAUCGUGGCCCCAACGAGUGCAGGAAAAACAUUCAUCUCCUUCUAUGCGAUGAGACAGGUCUUGAAAGAAGAUAACGAUGGAAUUCUUGUCUAUGUUGCCCCCACAAAGGCUCUUGUCAAUCAGAUCGCAGCUGAGGUGCAAGCCCGAUUUUCCAAAUCAUUCCCAGCCAAGACUAGUGGCAAGUCGGUUUGGGCCAUCCAUACAAGAGACUAUCGCAUCAACAAUCCUCAGGGAUGCCAAAUUCUCAUCACGGUUCCCCAGAUUCUUCAGAUCAUGCUGCUUAAUCCCUCGAACGCCAAUGCAUGGACUCCCCGCUUGAGGCGUAUCAUCUUUGAUGAGAUUCAUUGUAUCGGCCAGGCCGAGGAUGGUGUCGUUUGGGAACAACUGCUUCUGAUGUCCCCAUGCCCAAUUAUCGCCCUCUCGGCUACCGUUGGAAACCCCCAGGAAUUCUACAACUGGCUAGAUUUUGCCCAGAGAACCAAUGGAUUUGACCUCAAGAUGAUCCAGCAUCAGCACCGUUAUUCGGAUUUGCGAAAGUACGUGUACCAGCCUUAUGGUGACUUCUCGUUCAAAGGGUUUUCCAGUACUCCUAGCUUGGCCCGUUUGGGCCUCGAUGGAGCAGAUGAUAUGACGUUCGUGCAUCCUGUCACCAGUCUGCUGGACCGCACCAGAUCGAUACCAGAUGAUCUUGACUUUGAGCCACGUGACUGUUUCACUUUGUGGAAAGCUAUGAAGGAUCUUCAAACAAAGCAGUUCCCUGUUGAUCCAUCUCUGGAUCCGACCAUCUUUUUCUCGAAUAUUGUCAUCCAAAAAGUGCACGUCAUCGAAUGGCAGAGACAACUGAAAAAGUUGUUAGGAGAGUGGAUGAAAGACCGAGAAUCUCCAUUCGAGGCACUUUUGCUCAAUCUUGAGCACCCAACAGGGUUCACAGUCCAAAAAGAAAUGGACUUGUCGAAACAGGUAUCUCGGAUGAAUGGCCUAUCUGACUCCUUAAAGGGUAACCUGGUCGACACAACCCUCCCUUUGAUCUCCUCGCUACACGCUCAGAAUGCUCUUCCCGCGCUAUUCUUCAAUUACGACCGCGGUAGAUGUGAAGAUAUAUGCCAAGAGCUGUUGACACAGCUACAAAAUGCCGAGACAAAAUGGAAAGAAGAGAGUCCGGUAUGGAAAUCCAAGAUUGCCAAAUGGGAAGUAUGGAAGACAUCCAAGCUCUCAGCAAAGAAGAAGCUUGAAAGGGCUACCAAGAAGAAAACAAGUGGAAACGCCGACGAAGAGCCAACUUCCAAGGCAGAGCAAGCCAAAGAAUCGGCGUCUACUGAUUUCGGCUGGCUUGAUCUCUUUGACCCGAAGAGGCCUGUGGAUGGAUUCCACCUGGCUGACUUCAAGAAGGUCCCCGCUUCCGAGUUCCUUGUCUAUGCCAAGCAGCUGCAGUGGCGCUCGGUGCCUCAAUGGUUGAUAGAUGCCCUAGAGCGAGGAAUUGGUGUUCAUCAUGCUGGUAUGAAUCGCAAGUACCGUCAAGUUUGUGAGAUCCUCUUUAGGAAAGGCUUUUUGCGUGUCGUGAUUGCAACUGGCACUUUGGCCCUGGGUAUCAACAUGCCUUGUAAGACAGUCGUCUUUUCGGGCGACUCCAUUUUCUUGACAGCCCUGAAUUUCCGACAAGCCGCCGGAAGAGCAGGACGCCGUGGAUUUGACGUCCUGGGAAAUGUUGUUUUCCAGCAGGUUCCACCAUCCAAGGUGCAACGACUGAUGAGCUCAAGACUCCCAAGUCUCAGUGGACAUUUCCCCAUAACGACAAGUUUGGUUCUACGGCUGUUCAUCUUGCUACAUGGCUCAAAACAAGCUCCAUCUGCCGUGAAGUCAAUCAAUUCGAUCCUCUCAAGUUCUCGCAUCCACCUCGGUGGCCCUGAGAUGAAGCAAACGGUACUCCAUCAUCUCCGAUUCUCUAUCGAAUACCUCCGACGAAACAAUCUUCUUAGCGGUCAAGGUACGGCUUUGAAUUUUGCGGGCUGUAUCUCUCAUCUGUACUACACAGAGAAUUCUAGUUUUGCUUUCCAUGCCCUACUGAAUUCGGGAUACCUCCAAGAUCUCUGUCAGGACAUAGAGACGAAGCCAAAAAAGACUGUUCAUACUCUGAUGCUGGUCAUGUGCCACCUUUUCGGGCGUAUUCCCCUGCGAGCGUCCACCCUGGAACGGUUCCAGAACGCAGAAAAGAAGCCCUCCUCGAUCGUGGCUCUUCCACCUCUACCGAGAAAAGCAGCCUCCGCCCUACGUGCUCACAAUAGACAGGUCCUGGACGUCUACACUGGCUACGUCUCCACUUUUGUCAAGGAGCAUAUCAAGGAACCAGACUGCUCGCUACCAUUCAGUGGGAUCAAGUGCGGCGGAGAAAGUUCCUCCGAGAAACUCGGUUUCUCGCAGUUCGACCACAUCUCCCCAUCAAUCAUCUCCCCAUUCUUCGCCCUUUCAGGAAACGGAGACCAAUGCAAUACUGUCGUUGAACUCAGUCAGAUGGUUCGCAGUGGCGUUUGGAUUGAGGAUUCCGUCAUUCCAUAUGUGGCUGUUGACCCCAACGAGAACGCAGUCCCUCUCAAUGCAUACCUGUAUGACUUCUUCAAGCACGGAAAUGUUUCACAGUUGGAGACUGAAAACCGCAUCCGUCGCGGUGACGUCUGGUUUGUGCUGAACGACUUCUCAUUGACUUUGGCCACUAUCAAGACCAGCAUUGAGGGUUUCCUCAAGCCUGGAGGCAAUAUCGGUGCAGAUAUGCUCGAUGUUGCUGGCGGAGGUGACGACUACGAGAAUCUCGUGGAUGAUAAGGCCGUUGAUCAGAUUGAGGCUGAAAAUGCUGGAAAGCUGGAUGUGAAACUAGACAACAAGCAGGCGAUGUCUGCUGCCCCCGUUCCCGCCUCUCGCCCCCGAGCGAAGAAGGUUGUGAUGGAUAGCUGGGAGGAUGAGAUGGAUGACGAAGAUGAUGAAACCGAGGAUGAAGCCAUCAAUGCUUCCAAUGAUGCUACCACCGGGCUCGGCUCCAAAACUACGCAAGAGAAGCCAGUGGACAACUCUCACAGAUCCAUGUUCUUGGUUGCUAAGGCCUUUAAAGAACUGCACAGCGAGUUUGAUAGCAAGUUCAAGGCUAUGUGGGCUUAA